UAUAAACAUGAAUUCUAGAGAAGAAGAUCCUUUAAAUUAAGUAGAUUUAGAUUAAGCUUAUGAUAUUCCAAAUUAAUAAGGAGGUUUAACAUAAAAAAUUAAUGACAUCCAAGAUAUUACAGCUGAAAAAUAUGAUGACAUUAAUCAUAUGAUGAAUUAUGGAAUGAGGGUAAUGUAAGAGAAAUUAGGAUUUAGAGGAGAAAGACCUCAAAUUUAUUAAUAAACAGCUCUAUUUGUAGCUGUAAUAUAGUUAAUAAUAGCAACAUUUUUAUCAAUGUUAAUUUCAUAAACAACGUUUUUAGGUCAUGCUUGGACAUUUAUUCCUUGGUUCAAAUAUUUAUUCAUUUUAGCUUAUCUAUCGACAAUUAUUGCUAUUUAAUGUUUUACAGAAAAAAUAUAACAGGUAAUAUCUCUACAUUUAAAUAAUAGCAAAGAUAUAAUUUUGGAAUGGGUUGCAUUCAUGCACUUUCUAAAAUUAUCUUAAUAGUUUUUAUUUCCAUUUAGUUCUUUGACAUUCGAGUGGAAAUUUUUUUAGUUGCAUUAGUUGCAAUAUAGGGAUAUUUAACUCUUAAAAUAUAUAUUCCUACCUAAAAAAAUGAAGAGUUUGAUUUCAAAGUGAAGGAUUUAUGGAAAAAGAUGACAAUUUUUUAGCUUUGUGUUUCAAUUUUUUUAGUAUCUAUUUCAUUUAUUCAAGAUGUAUUUUACAAGAUCAAAUUAUUUAGUUGGAUUUUUGGUGUUUAUUUCAACUCUACUAAUAGGAAUUUACACUAUUUUAUGCUUGUAGAGAUUCAAGGAAUACUAUUACUUUUAAUUCAAUUCUAAUGAUUUGUAUUUAGGUGCAUUAUAACUGGAUGCAGAUAUGAUUUUACCUUGUGCAUUAAUAUCAUUUUAAUCAAGAAAUAAAACUUAAACACCUACACUAAAUACACCAAUUAAAAGUGAAAAGGAAAAAAUACAUCAGAGGUAAGAAUCUGAAGAAAGAAUUGCAGUACAAUCUUAAAAGAGUGUAGCUGAAUGA